CGUUCGCUCACCGUAGAGGCGCCACGUGGUGACGGGCGCGACGGAGAUGCCGCAGUGGAACACGUCCUGCUCCCGCGCCAGCGCCAUCGCCGCCACGAAGCCGCCAUAGCUCCAGCCCCACACGGCCACGCGGCGCGGGUCCACGAAGUGCAGCGAAUCGCGCAGUUGGUAGCCCUGGCCGCCGGAGCCGCGGCCGUCGAUCUGCGCGACGAUGAAGUCGCGGCUCCCGGCCAGCCGCCCGAGAUCUGCACGGGGAACGUCUUCACCUGCGGCAGCGCCAUCUUGGACGCGCGCUCCACCAGCGCCGAGUUGUUCUGCAGGGUGGCGAGCAGGCGCGGGCGGUUCCCGCCGCCGGCCGCCCGCGAGCCCCGCCCCGGCCCCGCGCCCGGCCCCGGGCCCACGUUCAGCCCCGGCCCCGCGCCGCCCCCCACCCGUUGCCGCCCCGCCGCCACCCCCCCCCCGCUGCCGCUGCCGCCGCCGCCUCCGCGCCCCGCGUCGCCAGCAGCUGCACCG